AACCGAGUCUCGUUACUUCCAAUGGCCAUUUCUCUAUCAGAAACCUUUCUUUCCAUCAACCGCCACCUCCAUGAUCAUCACGUUGCGUCGUUUCCACCCCAAAAAUCUUACAUUGGACAUUCCAAAAGCAUGGAGUUUGCGACUAGAUCUCCUAGGAUUCCCAGAGUUAUGUCCAAAACGACCCAGUCCUUGUCCUCCGUAAUCCAUGAACUCCAACUGGAAAGAAGAGCAAAACUAGACAUUGAAGCCGGUAAAAAACAACAAGAAAGACAAUUAGCCGACGUAUGGAGAGAGAUCCACGGUGAAGACGACUGGGUCGGGAUGUUGGAUCCCAUGGACCCUCUACUACGGUCCGAGCUGAUCCGAUAUGGCGAGAUGGCGCAAGCCACUUACGACGCUUUCGAUUUUGACCCGUUUUCAAAGUACUGCGGGAGCUGCCGGUUCACCCGACGAUUCUUUGAUGCUCUGGGCAUGGUGCAACAUGGCUACCACAUCUCUAGAUACGUCUUCGCUACGUCCAACAUUAACCUCCCCAAUUUCUUCAAGAAAUCACGGUGGCCCAAAGUGUGGAGCAAGAACGCAAAUUGGAUUGGAUAUGUUGCUGUUUCUGACGAUGAAACAUCGAGACGUUUAGGUCGUCGGGACAUCACCAUUGCCUGGAGGGGCACCGUGACACGCCUAGAGUGGAUUGCAGAUUUGAUGGACUUUUUGAAACCAAUCUCGUCCAACAAAAUCCCAUGUCCCGAUUCGACGGUAAAAGUUGAAGCCGGUUUCCUCGAUCUCUAUACCGACAAGGAUACCAAAUGCCGGUACUGUAAGUUUUCUGCUAGGGAGCAGAUUUUAACUGAAGUGAAAAGGUUGCUCGAACUGUACAAGGAUGAAGAGAUGAGUAUUACCAUAACCGGUCACAGUUUAGGCAGUGCCCUUGCAAUUCUCAGCGCCUAUGACAUCGUUGAAACGGGUCUAAAUGUGUUGAACGACUGCAGAGCCGUGCCUGUUUCUGUCUUCUCAAUUUCAGGUCCUAGGGUUGGUAACGUGAGGUUCAAGGAACGGCUCGAGACACUCGGAGUUAAGGUCUUGAGGGUGGUGAACGUGCAUGACAUAGUCCCUAAAUCCCCAGGACUGUUUUUCAAUGAAAACGCAUUGCCGAUGGUGAUGAAGCUGGCUGAGGGCUUGCCAUGGUGUUACUGUCAUGUCGGAGUUGAACUUGCUUUAGGUCACACACACUCGCCGUUUUUGAAGCAGACUGGUGAUCCGAGUUGCGCACAUAACUUGGAAGCUCACUUGCACUUACUUGAUGGAUACCAUGGAAAAGGCCGGAGAUUUGUGCUGGCAAGUGGGAGGGACCCUGCUUUGGUGAACAAGGCCAGUGAUUUUUUGAAAGAUCAUUACUUGGUUCCACCAUAUUGGAGGCAAGAUGAGAACAAGGGCAUGGUGAGGAGCAAAGACGGCCGUUGGAUGCAACCCGAACGACGGAUACUCGAUGAACAACAUCACCCUGAAGAAAUCCACCACCAUCUCAAGCAAUUAGGUCUGGCAUCUGAGUACUAGAAUUAAAACUCAAAGCUAAAUCUAUGGCUUCACAGCAUCCUGUAUAAAAUAGGUAGAA